CACGUUUUUGGUGUCACUCAGCUCCUUAUUGCAGAAAGAGUUGAAGGAAGUUGAUACAGUGGAGGAAGAAGAAAAUACAGAAGAAGAUUUAAUGGUGGAGGAUGGAACUCAAAACCUGUGUGGUAUUUUGCUUGUGUUGUGGGAGGAACAAAUAGAAGGAAUGGAUGAAAUGGAUACACUGCAUGCUAAUAAGGAUUCACAGGUAAAUAUGAAUUUCAUAAAAACAGAACGUGAUUCAGAUAGUGAGAUGUAUUUGAAAUAUUCUCACAAUGCAGAUGAGUUGCUUGAUGUAAAGGAGGAGAAGAAUCCUGUACCAAUAACAUUUCCUGUAAUGAAGGUUAAAAUUGAGAAAGAGUUGAAGGAAGUUGAUACAGUGGAGGAAGAAGAAAAUACAGAAGAAGAUUUAAUGGUGGAGGAUGGUAUUGGCUGUGUAACAGAUGAUGAGGAACUUUGUACAUCAAGAAAUGAUGUGCUUUGUACAAGUAGUUGUGAUAUUUGUAAGAAAGGGAUUGUACAGAGUGAACAUAUUGUCAAACACAACUGCAAACUCUCAACUGACAAUCUUCUUCGAUCUCAAAAUUGUGGGAAACGGUGCUCAAGAAAAGGAAAGAUAUUGGGACAUCAAAGUAUAUGCUCUGGUGGAAAGUCUCUCAAAUAUGAAAAGUGCAAGAAUGGAAUCUCAGAAAGGGGGGGUGAAUUUAGACAUCAAAGGACACACACUGGUGAAAAAUGUUUCAAAUGUGAUAUCUGUGGGAAAAUAUACUCUUACAAGUAUCUUCUUGUUAGACAUCAAAGAACACACACAGGAGAAAGACCUUUCACAUGUGAUGUAUGUGGGAAAGGAUUUAUGGAGAGAGGAAAGUUGACCAUACAUCAAAGAAUACACACUGGUGAAAAACGUUUGGAACGUGAAAAAUCUUUGGAAUGUGAUGCAUGUGGUAGAAAAUUUGAUAUUAGAUUCAGCCUUGAGAGACAUACAAGAAUACAUACAGGAGAAAAGCUCAGAGUGUGUGAAAUUUGUGGGAAAGGAUUUUCUGACCAUAGCAAUUUUUUGGUACAUCAGAGGAUUCAUGGAAUAAUUCUGAAUGGUGGCAGAACUGACAUGAGACAUAUGAAGAGAAACAAAGGUGAGAAACGUUUUCAGUGUGAUGCUUGUGGAAAGCACUUUUUUGAAAAAGGAGAUAUUGCUAGACAUGUGAAAAUUCAUACUGGUGAAAAGCCUUUCAUAUGUACAGUUUGUGAGAAACGAUUCUUGGAAAAAGGAAAGCUUUUGAGACACCAAAGAAGGUUAAAUGUCUGCAAAAAGCCUUAAGAAUGUGAUAUUUGGAAAACAGUUCUCAUCAAAGGAAAGUGUCCAAAAACAUAAAAAAUCACUUUAGUGAAUAUAGUUUCAGAGGGGAUAGUUUUUAUUUAAGAAAUCUUUGUCAUUUAGGAAUACACUGGACAUACACAUUCAGAUGUGAAGAAAUGUUUGGCAUGAAUUGGAACUGUAAUGUAUAUGAGAUAUUAGUUAAUUGUAAUGUAGUUAUGCUAAUCUUUUGAUGUAAAGUACUAAGAGAUAAUGCAAAUUAAAUGUCUUUCUCUAAGGGCUGCACCUCCGUUUAGAAAUAUGUGGUACUUAAAAAAGAAAAUUAGUCUGAUACUUGCUCAUGGUUUAUAUUGUUUUGCUGAGGUGUGGCCUUUGAUCUUGUGGAAAAAGCUGAUAUAUUUUUAUAUUUGUUUGUAUUUAGGGCUUACUUUCUUUAAUCUGUUAAUAUGUUUAUACAUGAAGUAUACAAAUGUGAUACUGCAAGUUGACUAAAACAAUGUAAUAACUGUAACCUUUCCUUGUCACAUCUACACACCAAAGUCUGCUCUUUUGAGCCAUGCUGAUAAUGAUGGGACCAGGACCAUUCUCCUGUUACUGUUUUUGUCAGUAAGUUACCAUGUAACUAUACAAUCUGUGGCAGAUAAUUUUGUUCUGUUUUGUAUAACUUUAAGCAAUUUGUCCUAUCGCAGCAUAACUUUCAUUAUAACUGUUUCAGUUAACAUACCUUUGUCCUUCACCUCAGUGUGGUUCUGAAGGUUUGUGAUGGUGGUUUACUAAUAUUUUCCCUUAAUUUUUUCACUCUGUGGAUUUACCAUUGAUGCUUAUAGAAUAAUAACAUUUAUGUUGUGACAUAAA